GUCAAUGCGCAGAGGCUCUUCUGUCUUUGCAGGCAAACAUGGCUUCAUUACUCUCAGAGACCUGUUCCGCUGGGCAGACCGCUACAGGCUGGAAGAGCAGACUGAAGCCUCUCAGGACUGGCUUCAGCAUUUGGCUGAUGACGGAUACAUGUUGCUAGCAGGACGCGUUAGAAAGCCCGAGGAGGAGGCCACCAUCCUGUCCAUCCUCGAAAGGCACUUUAAGAGAACCGUGCACCCACAAAACCUGUUCUCUCAGAAACAAGUCAACAAACAGUUUAAUCCCUUUGUUGAUAGCAUUGCUGGAGUUCCAAAGGAUUUUCACCAUGUGGUAUGGACACACAGCAUGAGGAGGCUAGCUGUGUUGGUUGGACGAUCACUUCGAUUUGGCGAGUCUGUGCUGCUCGUCGGGGACACUGGGUGUGGAAAGACUACAAUCUGCCAGUUGUAUGCUGCUGUGACUGGGAAGAAGCUUUUUUCUGUCAACUGCCACCUUCACAUGGAAACAUCAGACUUUCUGGGAGGGUUGCGACCUGUCCGACAUUCCUCUCAGGCUGACGCUGAUGAAUGCAAGCUCUUUCAGUGGCAUGAUGGGCCCUUGGUUUUGGCCAUGAAAAACGGUGGGGUGUUCCUCAUGGAUGAGAUCUCCUUGGCAGAUGACUCCGUUCUUGAGAGACUAAACAGUGUUUUAGAGAUGGAGAAGUCACUUGUCCUGGCAGAAAAAGGCAGUGGUGAUGACAAUGAUGUGGAACUGAUCAAAGCUGCUGAGGAUUUCCGUCUGGUUGCCACUAUGAACCCAGGAGGAGACUUUGGAAAAAAAGAGCUUUCUCCUGCCCUCAGAAACCGCUUCACUGAAAUCUGGUGUCCACAAAGCAAUGACCGUGCUGACCUUCAUCAGAUUAUCCAACACAAUCUAUGUCCCGGACUCUCACUCGAUGGUGGUGAGAUUGCAGACGUGAUCCUGGAUUUCACUGAGUGGUUGACCCUUCAAGAUUUUGGCCGUCAUUGUAUCAUCAGCGUCAGAGACAUUCUUUCAUGGGUUAACUACCUCAAUGCUGUGUGUAAACGGCAUGACGAGGAAGGUGGUGCGGAAUUGGACCUCAAGCAGGACACUGUUCAAGCUCUUAUCCACGCUGCGUGUCUGGUUUAUAUUGAUGGAAUUGGUUCAGGAACUACUGUGUCCAGUUCCAACAAUGCUAUCAUGGCACGCAAGAUGUGCUUGGGCUUCUUGCACAACCGCCUGAGCAAAAUGAAUAAACCGGAUCAGGAGACACUUGAUACACUCAAAAUCUAUGACAGCAGCCUUCUGCGAGAACCUCAUUGGAACAAAGACUUCUUUGGCAUCAACCCUUUCUACAUUCCCUUAGGUCCUCUGGCUGAGAGCAAUAACCUAUCGGAUUACACCAUUGGAGCAGGCACUACUGCAAUGAAUGCCCUGAGGCUUUUGCGGGCAUUGAAACUUCAGAGGCCUGUUCUGCUGGAGGGAUCGCCUGGUGUGGGGAAGACUAGCCUUGUAUCUGCACUGGCGAAAGCUUCAGGGAACCAUCUGGUCAGAAUAAACUUGUCAGAGCAAACAGAUGUCACAGAUUUGUUUGGGACUGACCUACCUGUAGAAGGAGGGAAGGGAGGAGAGUUUGCAUGGCGCGAUGGUCCACUUCUGGCUGCUUUGAAGUCAGGGAACUGGAUUCUCCUAGAUGAGCUGAAUCUGGCGUCCCAGUCUGUGCUGGAAGGAUUGAACGCCUGCUUUGAUCACCGAGCAGAAAUCUUCAUUCCUGAGCUGGGCAUGACCUUCCAAGUUCAGCAAGAGAAGACAAAAAUCUUUGGCUGUCAGAACCCAUACACACAAGGAGGUGGCCGUAAAGGGCUUCCCAAAUCCUUCCUUAACAGAUUCACACAGGUGUUUGUGGACCACCUCACCAGCAAAGACAUGGAGUUCAUCGGAAAUUCAAUUUUUCCGGCCAUUGAUAAAGAAAUCAUUUCUCGAAUGGUGGAAUUCAGUGACAGCCUUUUCCAGGAGGUGAGUGUUGAACGGCGCUGGGGUCAAAAAGGAAGCCCCUGGGAGUUCAACCUGCGUGACAUAUUUCGCUGGUGUCAGCUGAUGCUGGCUGACCAGUCGCCAGGAUUUUUCAACCCUGGCCAACAUGUGGCUCUGGUAUAUGCGGACAAGAUGAGAACAGAGGCCGACAAGGCACAGGUGCUGGCUGUGUUCAGGAAGGUAUUUGGGGAAGAGUUUGAACCUUACACAGGUUCCAGACAAUUUCAUAUCACACCACUCAGCUUUCAGAUGGGCUUCUCUGUACUGCAGCGAAGUGGUGGAGCCCCUGUAGGCUUAGAUCCGCCACUCUCCAUCACACAUCAAGCCCUGGGGCCACUUGAGUCCUUAAUGAAAUGUGUUGAGAUGAACUGGAUGACCAUACUGGUUGGGCCAACGGGCAGUGGAAAGACCAGCCUGGUGAGGCUACUUGCUCUCUUGACAGGAAACCGCCUUAGAGUCAUGCCUAUGAACAGUGCCAUGGACACUACAGAGUUACUGGGAGGCUUUGAACAGGUGGAUAUUAUGCGUCCAUGGCAACAUCUUCUUGAAAGCGUCUACUACUUAGUUGCCCUGGUAGCAAGGCGUGGAUUGAUGUCGCUGGAUGUAUGCCUUCAAGACACCGAGUUUCUACUGCAGACAUGGGGCAUCUUUUACCACUGGUUGAGGGAAGAGAAUCCCGAAAGCUCGACAAGAACAUUGAACUCUGAGGCUGUAAACAAACUGGAAGUCAUCGUCGUCCUCUUGCAAAAACUGAACACAAAGCUCAAAGUGUUCACAGACAUGUCAAAGCUGCAACAGGACUUCGUGCUACUGAAAGAGCAUAUGUCGCAGUUGGAGAAUGGAUGGACCAAUGGAGGAUUUGAAUGGUUAGAUGGAAUGCUAAUCCAAGCCAUGCAGGCAGGUGAUUGGUUGCUCAUGGACAACGCUAACUUCUGCAGUGCCUCUGUGCUGGAUCGCCUGAAUGCUCUCCUGGAACCUAGUGGAUCUCUCACCAUUAAUGAACGUGGAGUUAUUGAUGGGAAGAUCCCAAUAAUAACACCGCAUCCUAACUUCAGGUUGUUCCUGACAAUGGACCCUGUGCACGGAGAGCUCUCCAGGGCCAUGAGAAACAGAGGGGUAGAAAUUUAUAUCCCUGGGGAAACUGACGGAAUAUCCUGGGACACACUGGAUUUGAAAACAUUGCUUCACACUGCUGGAGCGACUGGGGACUCUGUGUGUAAUUUGCUGAUAGAAAUACACAAAAGCAUCAAAUCUGCCAUCUGGGAUUCCCCUGCCUCAUCAGUGACCUCAAUGCUCCAUGCUGCCACCCUGCUGUUCUGCCAGCUACAAAGAGGCGUGGAUUUACCCAGUGCGCUGCAGCAUGCCUGUCAAGAGGUUUACGCCCUCAGUCAACGUACCACUGCCAGCCAGAAGCUCGCCCAGCAAGUGAUUGAGCAGCGCCUGUCUAUUCUGGACACCAAAAACUUGGACACUGAGUUACUUUGUGCUGGCGUCUGGCCUGACAGCUUCCCUUCUGCAUUGCUCUCCACUGAGGAUUCCUGUUUCUCUACUGUCCUUCGAGAUGGACAGGUGUUGUCAUUUUGCCUCAACACACUCAGUUUACAGGGGAAACGGAAUCGCCCACUCAGUUUGACUGACCUGCAGAGGGUCCUUCAGAGUAGUAGUUUACAUGAAGGUCUGGUCUUUGAGAGAGGGGAAAAUCUGGAGCACGGAGAUGUGCUGCAGCUGAUACCAACAGCAGUCAGACUUGUCACGGAGUGUGCCUCUCACGGGGACUGGAUCAUGCGCAGUCGCUGGCUCUCACAUCUCGGAAAGAGCUUCACUUUCGCCCCUGAUCUGGCUUUGGUUCAAGUGGAAGCCGGAAACAGAGUUCUAAAGGCUGUUUUCAGUUGUCAACUCGCUGCCCAGGGCAAAUCCCUUGCUGAACUGCUGCAACCGCAAAGCAUCGAUGAGUACAGAAUUCUGGUGGACAUGCGCUGGAACAAGCAGUACUUGGACAUUUUAGCCAACAAGUGUAACUUUGAGGAUGAGAAAAGAUAUGUGGAGUUCAUGGAGGAGCUGAAUGCAGUUGCCAAUAGGAUCACUCUACUGAUUGACCGAGAAGAGAGAGCAGUAAUUUGCAAGUUUGCUGUCAAACUCUCAGAUCACAACUGCGCCCUGAGAAUGGCCACAGGCUUCUCCAAAGGGACUGUGGACAUUGGUCACCUUCCUCAUCCAGUGCUGAUACACCUACACACCUUCUUUGACCUGUGGAAUUCCUUCACACUGCAGGCUAUACAGGGCGGACAGACUUAUAUCCCAGACCAUGUUAUGUUUGAGAUCCUGCAGCUCCUGCAGUGGCUUGACCGUUUCUGGAACGUUUGCAACAUGAUGCCAGCAGAUACUCAAGGGAUCUCAGUGAUGUCAAUGCACUGGCAGUGGGUACAGAAGCACCUCAUCCCCUGUCUGCCCCUGCUCUUGCUGGGAGAUGCUGAUGUCACAUUCGAAUGCUACCAAGAGCUAAGGGCAGUUGCAGGAACCAUUCAGACUCUCCUGUCCACUCCAGUGUCUGUGGCUACAGCACUAAAAGGCAUCCAGAGAACCCUGGGAAAAUCUCUGCCUUUUAAGUUGGAAACCGUUGCGAAGUGUGCAUCACAGCUCAGAAUUUUGAGUCAAGCCCUGGAUGUGAAAGACUUCACUUUGGAUCCCACAUUCAGUUCUUGGAAGCAGGAACUAGUCUGUCUUCAUGUUGUUGGACUCCGUGUGGACAUUAAAGAAAGUCUCCUUGACGCCUGGGGACUCGUCCUGAUGGCAAACAAUGAGCUGGACACACAGAAAUCUGCAAUAUUGGAGAGGUUGGUGUCAAGUGUGGAACACCAGCAGCACCAGAUGACAUCCUGUGGUCUCUUGAAGACCAACAGCAUGUCCCAAGAGGAUGGACCAGCAGAAGAAUUCCCUCUGUCUCAACAAGAACUUCAGCACCUUAGCCGCAGGGCUCAAUUGUGGCCUCUGAUGGAGAAAGUGGCUGUACUCAACCAUCUGAGGCUCAGUACAGAUUUUUUGCAACUAUCUUUUUCACAUAGUGACCAAGAAGCACUGGACAGCUUGCGCCUACAAGUCUCCAGACAUCUUCGCUAUUGCCUCCAGUCCACGCCAAUGAGUGUAAUUCAACUUCGGCCACUGUGGUUCCUGCUCAAGAGUGAAAGGCCGGUAGAGGAACUACCAUUUGUAUGGUGUGAACUCCUGUCUGAGGCUUUGGCUGCUCUGUGGACAAACAGCGCAACAUCUGACCCUGACCGUUGGCUGAAAUGGAAUCCACUCAAUCCUGAGAAACAACCCGAUUCAGAGCCACAUUGUGCAGCAAAAAAUAUGGGACCAGCUUUGUUAAAUAAAGCUGUGUGGUCACAUUGUGCCCUCGGGGUGCUCAACACCAGUGCAACUGCAAGACAGUGGGAACCAUCAGGGACUGCUCUCCUCUUAGUCUCAAAUGUGAACCUGGGGGAGUGGAAGGAACAGACUCAGCAGCUCCAGGAUUUAUCUGCCAUCUUGUGGGACAAUAUGGCUUUUCCAGCACUGGCCGACUUAAGAGGCACAGAUUUGAAGCUCCAGGGUGCCAUCCUACGUCGACAAUUACAGAGCAUGGCACACAUGUUACCUCACAGUUUGCAGGAGGUUUAUCUGGCUCGCUGUGAGAGCCUGGUUGAGAAAUCCAACCCACUGAUUGCUGCUGAGGAGAUCCAGAAAAUUCUCAGCGAUUACAUUCCCCCUAAAUUGCUUCCUGAUGGUGUAGUGGAUACCUGUAUUGCCUGCCUGAAGCAGUUUGUUGAAAACAAAGUUCAAGGCACCAACUCUGUGGCCUACGCUGGUGCGUUCUGGGUCAACAUGGGGUUGCUUAAUAUCAAUUUAUGGGCACCCCAGACCAUCUUUGACCCAGCUGUCAAGAGAGCCUACAAACUCAAUUAUGCCCAGCAGGAGUUAGCCAUUCUGCAGACAGAGUGGAAAGUACGGAGCAUGUCCUCUGAGCUGAAGACCGGAGCAGAGUUGGAGGAGAGUAGUACCACUGAUGGUCUCAAACAUCCUCGAAUCAGAUACCUCUGGAUCCGUAUGCAGCAGGUAAAAGCACAAAUAGCCGAGCUUUCCAGGAAGCAGGCAUUUCGCCCCCAGGAACCCAACUAUGGAAGAUUAUUCCAGGAUCUCCAGCACUACCUCUGCAGCAUCGGUCAGGCAUCAGCAGUGCAAGACCUACUCUCACACCUACAGACUGCUCUGCAGAGUUCCUCGUCGUUUACACGGUCGGCCAUCCAGAGUCUUCUGAAGGAGGAGACCGUGUGGCAGAACUCUCAGCAGUGCUUCUACCAGAGGCUAAAAAAGGACUAUCUUCUUUACCCUGAUGUCAUCGGUCCAGUGCAGACUGGAAUCAUCCAGCUCCGAUAUGGCAUGAAGCUGGUUGCCUCCCAAAUAACUUCUUCUCUCUAUCAUGUGCCUGAACUUUCCAAACUGGUCUCCUGCCUCCUUUCCUUUCCCUCCGUGACCCCCAGUAUGCAGUCUUACCUAUCCCAUGCUGAUUUCCUCUGCUCCAAAGAAUGCCAGGGAACUUUGCGAAGCCUUGGGCAGUUGCUGUCACAACAAGACCUCAUUCAUGUGGACGUGCCACCCUCCACAUUACUACUCAAUGCUCUUCUGUUUGUGCAGUGCCACGCACUUAGCACAGGACAGUUCAGCGAUGACACACAAAACAUCUUUAGGCAUAUCUGUCAGGCUCUCGUGAAUGAGUGGGACGAGAUGGAGAAAAAGAAAAGAGACCAAGAACAGCAGGAGGCUUGUCUGUACCGCAGCCGUAGUCAGCAGCAUGGUACAGGACUGACUGAGGCACAGCAAGAGGAGAAGGACUUCAGAUGUCUGUUCCCUCUAUUUGAUAAGGACUUUUCAGACAUGUCUCUGCCAAGCCUGGAGGGCCCCACUGAUGCAGACCUGGAGGAAGAUGAAGCCAGUAGGGGGCUCGAUGAAAAAAGUUUUCUGUCGACUCCUGCAAUGAACACAGUCGUGCAAAUUCAUCAGCGCCUAUGUCUUGGUUAUGCUCAGUCAUUGUGGUACCGGAGCAGAUUACCCAACAGUCAAAGCAAUGACUUUAUCAAGGCCAUGGUUUCUUCUUACCAAAUUGCUGCCCCGCUGAUUGCACACUUCUAUCAUCUAAUUGAACUAAACCAGCAGUUUACAGGCAGUGAGCUGCUGCUGUCAACUCUCAUCCAGAACACAGUGCAAGGGUCACCAGGAGCAGAUACUCUGGUUCUCAACUCAGAAGGGCCUUAUGACUUCUAUCAGCACCCCAAUAUGAGUGAGGCCCGCCUCUGUCUUCCUGUUCUGGAACAGAUGAGGGUAGCUGUAAAUAAGAGACUUGAGGACUGGCCGGAGCACCCAGCGCUUGUGCAGCUGAUUGUGGUGAUUGAGAGGAUCAUGGGUUUCAGCUUGUCCAGUCCUGUAGCAAAGUUUCUCAAUGGCUUGGAGAUACUACUGAGCAAAGCACAAGAUUGGGAGAAUAAUGCCAGCCGUGCGGUCUCCUUGCAGAGCAACAUUGCACCAGUUACACAGCUCAUUAUCAAGUGGCACAAACUGGAGUUAAAUUGUUGGUCAAGCAGUCUGGACAAUGCUGUGAAACGACAUACUGAGAAAUCCACAAAGCACUGGUUCUCUAUUUACCAGCUCUUAGCAAAAUAUCUGGAAGAUCAGAUGAUGAAUGCAAAUACAGGCGAAGAGUUGGGAGGUUUGUCCCUGUCCUCAUUGUCAUCCACAUUACAAGCCUUCGUGGAGGGUUCGAGCCUGGGCGAGUUCCAUACCCGCUUGGCCAUGUUACUCAGCUUUCACUGUCACUUCCUUCUGCUCCCCACUCAGCCUGGACAAGUGACAUUGUCAAAUCUUCUGUGGAACCUACACAAAUAUUACAGUCAAUUUUCAGACUGCAUUCAGAACAAAAUCGGACAGCUCAGACAGCCGAUUGAGAAGGAGCUCAAGGAUUUUGUCAAAAUCUCCAAGUGGAAUGAUGUUAGUUUCUGGUCUAUCAAGCAGUCAGUGGAAAAGACACAUCGGACCCUCUUCAAGUUUGUCAAGAAGUUUGAGGAGAUUCUGAAUGGUCCCUGUCUUACUGUUCUGGUAGAACAGAAAAACAUCGUCUCUCUUGACAAUACUGAAUUACAUUCGGAUGAAACACCCAUUCAACGAAUUCGUCAGGCUCUCAAGCAAGCCCUGCCAGGAAAGAACACAGACCAUCAGAACGAGGAACAAGAUAGAGGAGUCAAGUUGGAAUCACUGCAAGGACGUCUGCCAGUUUUGGUCAGAAAGAUGAAGAAAAUAUGUGUCCAAUACGUAAAGAAACACCCAGCAAUGGAGCUCACUGAAGAUCUGGACUUCUUCACAGGCGAAGUCCUCAGAAAUCUGAAUGACCUGCAAAGUCUCACCAUUGACAUGUCAGUGGAAAAAGACAAACGGACAGCUCAGGUGAAACACAUCCUGCAGCAGAAGCAGAGAGCUCUGUCCGGCCUGUUCCAAAUACUUAGGGAAAUAGGUCUGUCAUACCGGAAAGGGUUGAUAUGGAGCAGGACUGCUGACCAAGAGGAAACUCUCUGCAUACAGCCAUUGGAUAUGAGCACAGCUUUCGCUACUGUCAUGAACCACGACUCUACUGAGACCAGAUUGUUGUCAGAGUUGAUCAUCGCAGGGGAUGGAUGUCAGCGUUACUUCUACCGUUCAUGGGCUAGGAUAAAUGCCCUUAAGACAGCACUCCAGCAUGCCCAAAAAUUAGGCUGCCUAGACGCCUCCCUGGUGAAGUCUUCUAGGCUUGUCCCACUGAAAGGAGGUCCAUGGGAUGACCGAGGACACGCUGGAGAGAUUAUAUCUCACAGUUGUCCUAGUAACCCCUCCCGAUCUCUCCUUCUUGGGAGUGGUACUGUAAGUCAACACCAAAACAGUUUGCUAUUUUCUUGUUUUUUUGUUAGGAGGCUAACAAGCACGAUCCAAGAUAUCAAGGAUACACUCCAAAGUCAAGGAGAAGACGCAGACGGCACACUCCUGCCUCAGGCACCACUGUACGAUUGGGUCAACAAAGGCCAUGCUCUUGCUGCUCAGUGUUCAAUCCUCCUGCAGCAGCUCUCCUGGCUAGUGCAGUGCUGCCCCGAACCACCUCAGCUGCAGGAGGAGGAGAAUAGUAAAUCUUGGCUGUACUCUCUGAGAUGCACAUCCCCAAUGGCAGCUCAACAUCAGCCGCCCGUUUGCCACAUGAGGAAAGGAGAUGCCACCUGGAGUCAACUCGACCAGCGUGUAGCCGCAAUGCUGAAGCAGAUGCUGAGCUUGAAGACCGAGCUUCACCGAAUAACACAGCAGAGCUCAGAGAGAGUACUUCUGACAUGGAGGCAUUUUGUUACGUGUUGUUCGGCUUUUGACCAGCUGGCAACUGUGGCCUCUCAGCUGUUUGAUAUUGAACAGCUCUUCAUGCCAGCCACAUCUCUCAGCAAUAGAAACCUUAUGCCAGCCAUCAUACAGAGCCUACAGUUUGUUAGGAAAGAAGCAAUGACAAACGUCACGGAGUUUACCUCUUGGAAGAACCAGCAUCUUUCAGAUGUCCACCCUACCUCAGAUGACCAGUCUGCAUUCUGUUUGGAGUUUUCGACUGAGCUCGAUGCAAACAUAAACGGCUUGUUGUGUGCUGUCCAGACUCUUGUAAAGAGAAGGGAGAACAUUGAGAAAAGCGCUCAAAAAGUUGACAAGACAGUGAGUGAUGAUAAAGAGGUCGGCAAAGAGCUUGUGGAAGACUUACUGAAGCCACGACACUUCACCCAUCACUUGGAGGAGGAGCUGGCUGCUGAUGUGGAGUCUAUGUGUGUGGGAGAUGUGAACGCCAGGCUGGAGAGGCUCCUCAGCUGCUUAAAGAUGCACACAAACUCUUUAAAGCCAAAGAAGCUCCAGGAGGUGAACAGAGCAUGUAGGAUGCUGGUGCGUGUGGAGCCCCUGCUGGGGAUUUACUCCGACCUGGUCCGUUACUUCUUGUCUGUGUCAGUGGGAGUGCACAGGUGCACCGGCAAACUGCUUUCAGUGUUGGCUAACAUCUUCACUGAGCUCGCACAGAAGGGUUUCUGCUUGCCUCAGGAGCUGACCACUGGAGAAGGUGAAGGUGCCACUGAGUUUCAUGAUUAUGAAGGUGGUGGAAUUGGUCAAGGCGAGGGCACAAAGGAUGUCAGUGACACAAUUGAGAAUGAAGAUCAGGUGGAGGAUGCCUGUGCGAAGGGUCAGGAAAAAGAACAUCAAGAUGACAAGAAAAUUAAAGCAGAAGACAAUGCUAUUGAGAUGUCAGAGGACUUUGAUGGCCAAACACAUGAUGGUGAUGAGCAUGAUGCUGAUGACGAUGAGUCAGAUAAAGACACUGACCAGGAGGAAGAGUUGGAUAAAAAGAUGGGUGAACUGGGUGAUGGACAGACAGAUACCCUUGAUGAGAGAAUGUGGGGUGGGGAUGAGGAGGACGAUGAUGAUGAUGAGGAGGGAGGAAGUGACAACGAGGAAGAGUCUGGCCAAGGCAUGGACCAGGGUGAAUCUGCAUUAGCCGCGAAGGAUGACCACUUAGAUGCCGCCGAACCUGACAAAAACAAACAGGACAGUGAUGACAAGAUGGACGCUGAGGAGAAAGACAAAAUCAACGAGCAAGGAGAUGAGAGAGAGUUUGAUGAGAAUGAAGUGGACCCCUAUCAUGGCCAGCAGGAUAAGAACCCUGAACCCGAGGCAAUCGAUCUGCCUGAAGAUCUUAACCUGGACCAGGAUGACGAGAUGGAAGACAAUGGACAAGAUGAAGGCGAUGAAGAAAAUCCAUUUGACAUUGACAAUGACAAGGAAGCGAUCGUAGAAGGGGACGAAGAAGGACCGAAAGAGGGAGAUGAGGAAGAGGGAGAUGAGCAGAUGGAAGAAGACAACUCAAACCAAAAAGAAAAAGACAACAGAGAACCAGAGUCACAGAGUGAAACAGAAAAGAGCGAAGCCGAUCCAAAAACAGAAGACAGCGAAUCCCAAAAAGAUGAGAAUCUCUCUGUCCCAAAAGAGGAGGGGCCCACUCCUAAGGAGGAGGCUGAUGGUAUGGAUGAUGCGGAGGAUCCAUUGGAGUCAGCUGAGAGGAAAGAACAUACCACUGAUGGCCAAACCGGAGAGCAGAAUUUCCAGAGUGAUACUGCUGUGGAGCUGGCUGGAGAGGCAUCAGAGAGAGACCAAGCAAAAGAGGAGCAUGGGACUGGAGCAGCUGAUGCUUCCGUAUCAGAAGGUCACCAGUCAAAGCUGACUGCAAGGAUGCCUUCAUAUACACAGAAACAUAACAGCACUCAGAGCUUUAAAAGAAAACCUGGUCAAGCAGACAAUGAGCGUUCAACAGGUGACUCCAAUGAGCUUGUGAACAAGCGUCUUCGUACGUUGGAAAGCUCUCAUGAGCAGACGCAAGAAAGCAGGCAAGGUGAAACCCAACAAGAGUCCGACCUAUAUGAACAUAUCAAAGAAGGGGACAUGGCCUACGAUCGGCAAACAUACGAUGUCGCCAAUGCGAAUCAGGAGGCAGCAGAGCAUCGACAGGUCAAGGAUGAGGAGGAUCUUUCAAUGGAAAUAGAAGAACAAGAUGAUGACUUGCAUGCUGCUGAAGUCCAGGAGCUGAAACAUCAGCCGCUGGAUACAGCAAAGGCCCUGCAGGAGCAAGGUAUAGAGAGUGCAGAGAUGCAUCUGCAGAGGCAAGAGAAUGAAGGCAAAGAAUGGGAGCGUGGCAGGCAUUCCAGAGAUCCCGAGGAAGCCGAGAAAAAUUCAGAAUCAACCUUUCACACACUGACUGAGAUGCUCGUAGACACAAUGCAGAAGUUCGACAGAGACCCAGAGGACAUCCGGAGGGAGCUGGAGUUGCAGUUGUCAAUGUGGCACAAACUAACUCCAGGAACGCAGGAGGAGGAGAGUGCAGCAGCAUACAUGUGGCGCCAGUACAAGACAAUGACCUACCUACUAUCCCAACAACUGUCCGAGCAGCUUCGCCUUAUUUUGGAGCCCACGCAAGCUGCAAAGCUCAGAGGUGAUUACCGCACAGGAAAACGCCUUAACAUGAGAAAAGUGAUCCCAUACAUUGCCAGUCAGUUCCGUAAGGACAAGAUCUGGUUGAGGAGGACCAAGCCCAGCAAAAGAGAUUACCAGAUCUGCCUGGCUGUGGAUGACUCCUCUAGUAUGGUGGACAACCAUUCCAAACAGCUGGCGUUUGAAUCCCUGUCAGUGAUUGUCAAUGCUCUCACUCUGCUGGAAGUUGGACAAGUAUCCGUUUACAGUUUUGGUGAGCAGGUGCAGCUUCUGCACCCAUUCCAGCAGCAAUUCAAUGAUGAUUCUGGAGCUCGGAUCCUCCGAUUGUGUACAUUCCAGCAGAAGAAGACACGAAUAGCUCAGUUCCUAGAGAGUGCCACCAAGAUGUUUCUUGCAGCACGAAAACAGAUCUUUCGAUCGACAAAUUCAGAGACGGCCCAGCUACUGAUCAUCGUAUCAGAUGGCAGGGGAUUGUUCCUAGAAGGAAAUCAGCGAGUGAUGGCAGCGGUGCAGGCAGCCCGCAGCGCAAAUGUGUUCCUGAUCUUUGUGGUACUUGACAAUCCCAACUCCCGGGACUCCAUCCUGGACAUCAAGGUGCCACUCUUUAAAGGGCCAGGGGAACUCCCGGAGAUCCGCUCCUAUAUGGAGGAGUUUCCAUUCCCCUUCUACGUCAUCCUGCGAGAUGUCAAUGCUUUGCCAGAGACUCUGAGUGAUGCACUAAGGCAGUGGUUUGAACUUGUCACAACUGCCGACCAGUGAGGGUGUUCUAUUUCAUUUUCAAAUGAAUCAUGAUUGCCCAAACUUGCAAGUUGGUUAUGAAGUAGAAAUGUAACAAUUUUUUUUUUCACCUUGUUGAAAUCAUGUGCUGUAUUUGAUUUUUGUGUAUUAUUUCAGUGAAGAGAAUAAUGAACGUUCAUUGUGAACAUACAGUUCAAGCUGUGCGAUUUGGUUUGUCAGUGGCCCACCACAAGCAAAACACUUAACGAUAGCAUGUGGAUUUUGGAAACUUAAAAGUGUGCCUUUGGGAAAAUAAAUGGCAUGGCUCAGUGCUCCUCUGAGCUGUGUGUGCAGUCACAGCUGUUAGAAUUGGAGGGAAAUGACAGUUGGCGCAUAGCUGCUAAUUCAUAUUUUUUUAGUUUUUGAAUACGGUUCUGUUAUUUAAACUCAACCACACCCUUUGUGCUAAAUUGUGAGCUAAACCCAUUGAGCAGUAGGUUUUGCUCAACUGAAAUGUAAAUUACUGCUUUUUUUUUCUUUCAUACAGUAUGUGUUUCAAUCAUGAUAUGAAUGAUUUAAAUAAAAAAAAGAGUUUUAAUUGCGAGAGCAAUGGUUCUUCACUUGGGUUUGAUCAAAAUUUUACAAAGACUGUUGUGAUGUAUUUUACACAAUUGUCACAACACGUCAAUGGUCAUCUUCACCACGGUUUACAAAUGUGUCCCCUUUGUUUGAUUUGUUCCAGAGGAUGCAUGCAAAAAAAAUAUAUAUACCGGUACCUUGUAUUAGGGUGUUAGAAAAUUGAGGACAACUGAUACUGGACUGAAAUAAAAGAUUUGUAAAAUAA